AAAGCGAACGAUGUUUUGAUUUUCUUUUCCUUUCAUUUUCUUGUGUUUACUCUUUGGACGGUUUUGAAAUCUAUCCAGCAACUAAUAGUCACAAUGACAGUGAUCCUUCGACAUUUAAUCAAGAAGAACUUACUAAAACCUUUUCUAGCUGCAAGAAGAGCUGCGUCGUCGGUUACCACCAGUCAACCAAAUGCCAAGACUCCACACUACAUUGAUUUCGUUGAUAACUGGCCAUCAAAUGAAAGGGAAACUAUUUUGAAUGAUUUUUUGGUUAUCACCGACUUUGUGUCGGAAGCGGAAGAAACAGCUAUAAUUGAGGAGAUUGACCCAUACAUGAAACGUUUGAAAUACGAAUUCGAUCAUUGGGAUGAUGCUAUCCAUGGCUUUCGGGAAACAGAGAGGAAGCAUUGGUAUCCGCAUAAUAGGAAAAUCAUUGAAAAAAUCAGUGAACUUGCUUUCAAAGGAGAAAUUAUGCCACACAUUCAUAUAUUAGACCUAGCGGAGAAUGGGGUCAUCAAGCCGCACGUUGAUAGCUCAAGAUACUGUGGCACAACCAUUGCUGGCCUAAGUCUACUGUCAGAUUCUGUUAUGCGGCUAGUUAGAACAGACGAAACGAAAUAUUUACAAACCAAAGACGGAAACAAUACUGACGAAUACAGAACACUGCCGAAAUCAAUGGAAAAUGCUUUCUACGCGGACAUUUUGCUUAAACGACGAUCAUUGUACAUUAUGCGUGACACGUCCCGAUAUAAUUUCACUCACGAAAUACUGGGCAAUGAGCAUGGGUUCUUCAAAGGAGAGAAGGUAACGAAGACGCGUAGAAUAUCUGUGAUAUGUAGAAAUAAUCCGUAGUCCGUAGAGACCGUUUAUUGUAAUAAAAUAUUAACGCAGUGUAUCAAAACAA